GUGUAAAUAUACCGAAUGGUGCGAGGCAUACCGAAUACCGCAGAGUAUCUCAGAGUACCCACCAACGGUCACAUUAACGGAAGUCCAUUAUAUAUACCAUUCGUUUCUUCGUUUUUAUUUUGAAUUGCACGUAUAUGGAAUCAUGCUUUCAACUCGUUUUCAAGCCAGCAUGCCCCUGAAAAUAACGUUUUCGAGUUUCCGGGUUUUCCCGCAAGCUAUUUUCCCAAGUCUACAGCUUUGACAGCUUGCGCUCUUGUGUAAUGUGAGGCUUGCUUUUUGUAUGCGUGUGUUGUACACAGGAUGCGGAUUAAGGACCCCCAGAAGUUAAGAUAGAAGUACAAUACUUCGAUUCACCCAUGAACCUGGCGCCCAGAUGCAUUGUUCUAUAGCUGUUUUUAGUCCCAUCCCGACCAAGAUGGUCUUUGGUAUUUUUAUUUUUUAUAUUUGCAAUCGAGUUGCGAAUAUAUUAUUACAAACAUUUAAGGCGAGCCCAUUCCUGUUUGCCAUUAAAUUAUUAACCAACAUAAAUCGGAAUCCCUGGCACGCCGCGCCGCUUUCGGAGCCUCGCCUGCUCCAGACGGUUACGAAAUCCGCUCCAAAUCCGAUGGCACAGAUGCCGGAAGUGGGUUGGACCGCCCAACAGUCGGUGACCAAGCCCAACCGGUUCGCCCGCAAAGACCAUCUGCUGCAUGGACAUCCACAUCCAUCCCCAGAAGGAAAAGUGGUUCGCCCGCGAAACCGGACUUGGACUAGGGGCAGGGACCCAACUAUAUGGACUACCUGUGGUACUUGGCGAUGGAGGUGCGUGCGCAUGUGCGUUUCAAGUGACCACCGAACAAAUCUUUGCACUGGGAAAAUAAUUCAAAUCGAAAGCGACUUUUUCAUCUAUGUAUAUUAUGAAUUGAAGCCCUGCAAGCGAAUGCAAAGAACCAUCCGCAUUUCUGCACAUACCGAAAAAUGCUAAUACACACAAGUUUGUAAGCAAAAAGCGAACGCAUAAGGGAUUAUUUGAAAUGCUUUUACUGUGAUCUUAAAUCGAAUGCAUUGCGAUUAACUCUGAGCCCCUCGAGGACUGUGGUCAACCUAUUUUCUCAUCGUGUGAUCGGAUCACCGCCGCGAAAUGCGUGCGCUUCCGUUUUGCUCGACUUGGCCUCCUUCCUCGUUCCGUUGAAGGCAGGUAUGUAUAUAUAAGCUACUGCUCCACCUAGAGGCUUCACAAUACAAAGUCAGUCAUGGCCGGGUCAGUUCGUGCGACGCUCCUGGGUCUCCUCAUACAGAUCCUGUGCAAUGGGCUGGCUGGUCAGCAGCUGCUCCUCACCCGUCCCCAAAGGAGCCUGUUCGAGGAUCCGCUGGGUCACGUAGAGCAAGUGGAACAAGUGGAGCACCUGCCCUCUUUGGGCUGGAGUGGUGUUGGCGGUGGACUCGGAGUGGGCGAGUGGCCCUAUAGCACCGUUGGUCUUGGCCACAUGAGUAAGGAUGAGCUGCUGACCCUGCUGGAAGCCUGGAAGGAGGUGGAGGAGGAAUCGGCCACGACAACGACUGCGCCGCCAGCGGAUGCCACCACACGUAGACCUCCUCCGCCUCCACUGCCACCACCACCACCUCCUCCCCCCCGACCCAUACCCGUCUCCGUUGCAAUGCCUGCACCUGCUCUUCCGCCCUCCGGCACUCCCAUUACAGUGCGGCUCCCAGCCUUUGUGCCUGUGCGUCUGGCUGCCGUGUUUACUCCGCCUGCCAGUGGACAAGCUGGUAGUGCUGCUUCGUCUGCCAACGAAGUCGGAGAGGCUGGAGGAGAUGAUUUGGCCACCGAGGAAAUGCCAGAUGACGGCGUCACUACCCGGCUCUUUCGCUUUUUACCCAUGCCACGAGCUCGAACCAGGCCGCAAUCCAAUUCACAGAACAGGCAGCAGUUUGUGGUGAGGAACACCCUGGACAGCGUGGAUGCAGGCACUGCCCCUGUCAGGCAGCAGGUUAAACCGGAAGUCCAGCCCAAGGCGACUGCUCCGCCUUCCACUCCCAAGUUCCCUGGCUACCCAACUCCCUCCUUUCGUCCCAGAUUUGGUGUGCCACCGAGUCUGGCCAACGCUCGAUUCGAGCUGGUGCCCUCUUCCCAAAUCAUCGGCGACUGGCGGGUGUGAGCCUGUGCAGCACCUGAC